CUUCCCAUCAUUUCUUCAGUGUUCUUCUCCAUCCAGGUUCAUGUGAAGCUUGGCUGAACCUGGUAGCCCAAGUAGUGGGCAGAGGGGCAGUGGCAAGACCAUGAUGCAGGUAGUUCAUGGACUGGCAUCAGCGUGUUUUGUUUACUGUCCGUCUGAGUCAAAAGUUUGGAUGCCUUGAUGAAUUUGGCCAUAGUCCAGGGAUGCAACCCAUAGAGACGACUUUUUUCCCAAGAAGAUGCUUAUUCUCUUGGAGUGACAUUACCUCUACACAUUUUUAAACUUUUUUUUUUUUUUUUGGAAACAGACUCUUUCUAUGUACCUCUGGCUGUCCUGAAACUUGCUAUGUAGACUAGGCUGGCUUUGACCUCACAGAGAUCUGCCUGUCUCUGUCUCCCAUGUACUGGGAUUGAGGUCAUGCACCGUCACACCAGCCUCCUUUUCUUAUGCACUGCACUUCUGCCUUCUAGCAUCAGUUACCCAGUGAAGCGGAACUCAGACACACUCAGAAACUCCAGUUCUGGACAAGAGUCAGCAGAACAAGGACCACAAAGCUUUGCUGAGUUAUGGUCCCCAGAAGGAAGGGCAACCUGCCCUAUGUGUUUUAAGUAUUAAUAAAAUGCAACCAAGGCCUCUUCUUCUAGCAUGGAAUGCUUGAAAAUGAAUGGACCAGAAUGUCUACAGCCCAAGAUUAUGAGCCUGGCCUUGCCUCAUCCCAGGAUCUUGGGAAAAAAACGGCAUUCUCUCCUAACCCAAUCCAUUUCUUUCUUUUUUUUUUUUUUUUUGGUUCUUUUUUUUCGGAGCUGGGGACCGAACCCAGGGCCUUGCGCUUCCUAGGUAAGCGCUCUACCACUGAGCUAAAUCCCCAGCCCCCAUUUCUUUUUUUAUAAAUUUUUUUUUCGGAGCUGGGGACCGAACCCAGGGCCUUGCGCUUGCUAGGCAAGCGCUCUACCACUGAGCUAAAUCCCCAACCCCCCCAAUCCAUUUCUUAAGGCAGUGGUUCUCAACCUGUGGAUUACAACCCAUUGGGGGGAGUUUAACAUAUCAGAUAUUUACAUUAUGAUUCAUAACAGCAAAAUUACAAUUAUAAAGUGGCAACAAAAAUGAUUUUGUGGUUGGGAGUCACGGUAAGAUGAGGAGCUUAUUAAAGGGUCACACAGCAUUAGGAAGCUUGAGAACCACUGCUCUAAGGUAUCCAGGCUUGACUAGGUUUGGAAUGGCUUUCUAACUUUCUAGUCAAAUGGUAAACUCCGAGAGCUUCAGGGCUCCCAGAGGGAGAGUCAUUCAAUACUAACUAUGCAGAAACCAUGAGCCAAAAUGGAAAAAUAGGGAGUACAAUAUGAGGGAAGGUCAAAGCUAGUACAGUUUUGUUUUGCAAACUGUGUGCCCUUGAAAGAACCCUCUGAACGUGAGACUAGGGUAAAUUUCUUUGUUCUUGGAAUGUUCCAGAAUCCAUCUUGACUCAUGGAAUAGAUAUACAGGAAGGAGAAUUGUUGGACGUGAUCUUGGAUUUUGCCGGGCUCUGCAUACUUCUUGUCAAGGGCGUGUGCCAAAGCAUCUCAGGAGGGACACAUACGGAAAGAGAGUUAGGCUGAGCAAUUAUCACCCCAAGAACAAUGGUUCAGGAGGCCGGGGUACAACGUGCAUUCCGUCCAGCCAGAUACUGGGCCGAUGCAUUUUCCAGGAGGAUGCAGGGCCAUGAGAGCCCCACCCCCAAUCUGUCAUCACCGGGUGAUGCCUAUCUUUGUCCAACCUUCGUCAUCAUGGACCCGGAUGAGAGAGACCUGGGUAUGCGGCCCAAUUCCCAAUUAGGGAUUUUCACCACUUGCAGGAAGAUCAUUUAUUUGGGUUGAAUUGUUAAGGCAGAUUGUUUUCACAGUGUUCCAAGCAGAGAGCGUUCUUACAGGAAAUACCAGACCAGCCAAUUAUAGUCAGGUUUUCCACAUCCUCAAGAGGAAAGGAAAAAGAUGGUGAGAGAAAAAGAGAAGGAGGAAGAGAAGGAGGAGUAGGAGUAAAAGUGGAAAGAAGGAGGAGGAGGAGGAAGAAGAGGAAGAGGAGGAGGAAGAGGAGGAAGAGGAGGAAGAGGAAGAAGAGGAGGAGGAGGAGAGAAGGCUUUUCCUUCUGCUCUUCUGAAGGCUGACAUUUGGGGAACUGGCAAGUUGCGUGUGAAGCGGAGACUUUGAAGUCCCCAAGCUACACAUUGUGAUGGUUAAAGCACACAGUGACUUCUUGAUAACCUGAAGUCCUUCCCGAGACCUCAUGUUCUCUGUGGCUUAAAUUUAAAAACAUCUGCUGAUCAUCUUGGUGGUGGAAGGAGGCAGAGGAAGCCCCUCCAGAGGCUUGGACGCCUCCCAUCCGUCACCCUGGCCACCAGUGAUGAGGUGCUCAGGAACUCCCUUCCUCUCCUGAGCUCGUUAGUAACCCCAGCAGGUGGCUUCCCAGUUGGUUUGCAUCCAACUUCAGCACCGCACCCCCAUUUUCCCAUAGGGACUUCAUCCGUGACUACAUAGGAAGCCAGAGACAUGGGGAACAGCAAGGUGAAAAGAAAAAGCAAAAGAAUCUUUGCCAUGGAGAACCCAGAGGUUUUUAAAAGCCUUUUGAAUCAGCAGGUCUGAGGAUGGGACGCACAAAGGCAGCUGCUUCUCCACAGAGCAGUCUUUAAGAGCAUGGUUCUGCUGGGGAUGCAGGAAAAGGGCAGCACGCAGCUGCUCAGAGGGAACCUCUGAGGGGCCUGGGGCAGGUAGGAUGUGUCUGCAGGGCUGUAGCCCAGGAGCACCAUAUGCUAGCAUCCUUAGAGCACCUCAGAGACACCUCAGGUAAAAUGGGGGUGGUGCAAGACUCGAUUAGUGUGCAGCCAGUAGAGCCAGUCUUGUUUGGUGUGUGCAGUCUGUGACUGCUCUGCCAGAUUCCUGUGUGGUUCUCGCCGACAGGGUCCCUGCCCUUGCUGCAUACCUCUAGUGUAUGUCCUGUGGAUGUGGACAUGCUCCCAAGGCAGCGUUACACAGCAUCCAGAAAGUCAUCUCGUCAUCCCUUGAGCUUGUCCAGAGCUCCCUUCUUUAGGAGUGUCUGUGGGUAUUUGUUUUUAUCAAGUGCCUUUUCAGUGUCGGUUAUUUGUAUUUUAAAUCUCUCACAUGUCAGUGUGAAUUACAUCAUUACAUUUUCUACCGUUAACGUCUUGCAUCCUUAUGAGGUCAUCCUUUCCUUAAAGCUCACGGCCAGUGCAGUUGUCCCGUGCUUCAUUUCACAAUUCGCACCUACGUAGGCCAGUGUGUUUUCUGGAGGAUGUUCUUUUUUUUUUUUUUUUUUUCUUUUUUUUCGGAGCUGGGGACCGAACCCAGGGCCUUGCGCUCGAUAGGCAAGCACUCUACCACUGAGCUAAAUCCCCAACCCCUGGAGGAUGUUCUUGCGUCUUCCUUUGUUAUCUUCUUGGCUAGGGCAUGGCAGCUGCUGCUUGUGUGCGUGCGCGCGUGCACGCGUGCGUGGGCUGUGCUCUUUACUUGAUACAGCCACUCACUCAGUUUGUGCAGCCUUCUUUGAGGGGAGGUUUUUAUCAGUAAGAAGACUGUUGCACAAAGAAGUGAUUAACUGGUCUCUCCCGCAGAGUUUCAGGGGGUACUCUCCUGAAACCCGUACCCAAGUGGGUCUGGGAUCAGAAAGGCUACAUUCAGGGAGGAAACCUGGGAGCGUUCUGUCCAUCCGGCAGCACAAAUCGGCAAGAACCGGGGCACCUAUGUUGCUCAGGCUGCUCUUGAGUUCUGGAGUGAGUGCCUCUCUGUUCCCAGUUCCUGAGUGUGCAUGCAGGCCACGGCACGAGCCACGCUGCCUGGAAAAGUCAGUUGGUGUCUGACAGGACGGGUGAUAAGCCAGACGCCCUGCAGCUGGGUAGGUGAGGCUCAUCCGGCUGGGCUGCGUCUGCAUAUGUGGCUCUCUCCAGAGGAUGUUGAAGAUGAACUGAUAAAGGAAGACAUUGUCCUGUUCCCACCUCCGUCAAUGCUCAAGCUUCUAACUGUGUCCAAGCCAAUUGACCUCUCUCUGGCUAAGGAGAUAAAGACCCUUCUGUUCGGCUCUACCUUUUGCUGCUUCAGUGAAGAAUGGAAACUCCAGAACUUUUCCUUCAAUGACAUUGCCUCGUUAAAAUACGGCAUUGUGCAGAACAAGGGUGGUCCCUGUGGGGUUCUGGCAGCAGUUCAAGGCUGUGUGCUUCAGAAACUCCUGUUUGAAGGAGAUAACAGAAUCAACUCUAAUCUCCAGCUGCAGCCCUCAGAUGCCCAGAGGACUCGCUGCCUUGCCCUGGCCAUUGCAGACAUCCUGUGGCGAGCUGGAGGCAAAGAGCAAGCCGUGGUUGCACUGGCUUCAGGAACACCGCACUUCAGUCCAACAGGGAAAUACAAAGCAGACGGAGUCUUAGAAACACUCACACUGUAUAGUUUGACCAGCUCUGAGGACCUGGUGACUUUUCUCCAGCAGAGCGUUCAUCAGUUCGAAGCGGGACCCUACGGUUGCAUCCUGCUCACCUUGUCUGCCAUCUUGUCCAGAUCCCUAGAGCUUGUCCGCCAGGACUUUGAUGUCCCCACCAGCCAUCUCAUUGGAGCUCACGGAUACUGCACACAGGAACUUGUCAAUCUUCUCCUGACCGGGAGAGCCGUGUCUAAUGUUUUCAAUGAUGUAGUGGAGCUGGACUCGGGCGAUGGGAACAUCACGCUUCUCCGAGGCAUUGAGGCACGCAGUGACAUCGGUUUCUUAUCUCUCUUUGAACACUACAAUGUGUGCCAGGUUGGCUGCUUCCUGAAGACCCCAAGGUUCCCCAUCUGGGUGGUCUGCAGUGAGAGCCACUUCAGCAUCCUCUUCAGCCUACAGCCAGAGCUCUUGUGCGACUGGAAGUCUGAGCGGCUCUUUGACCUGUAUUAUUAUGAUGGCUUGGCCAACCAGCAGGAGGAGAUACGGCUGACUGUUGAUACCACCAAGACUGCCCCAGAGGACAACUGCAGUGACCUUGUCCCUCCUCUUGAGCUCUGUAUCAGAACCAAGUGGAAGGGGGCAUCUGUGAACUGGAAUGGCUCAGACCCCAUCCUGUGACCCUUGGAUGCAUGGAGUUCUAUGGCUUCAGCACUCAUCACUGGGAUGACCCCUGGACCCCAGGUUUUAGGGUCAUGUCUCUUAGAGGAGUCACCCUGCCAGAGUUUGCAUGGCCACAGAGGCAUGUGGAGUCUUCCAGUUCCUUCCAUAAAGGGCUGUGGUAGGGUCCUGUGCACUGUUGAUGUCCCUCCUGGCCCACCUGUGACUGCCAAAGACAGGAAGGAGGCCACCAGAGACUCUGCUGCCUUUCGUUUGCAUCCUUCUUGGAUAGCCCUCUCUCUAAGGCUUCUGGUGUCACUGGCCUUGGGGACUCUGGAGCCUUGUUACUGCAGCUUCCAUAAAGCAACAGUCAAGCCUAUGACUAGGGCCAAGACUUUGUGGUUCAUUGGUGUGAGUGGAACACAGGUCUGCUCUCAGCAUGGCUAAGAUGGGACAGACGGGUGGAGACCCAGGACCCCGACUGGCAAAGCAUCUCCUAGCCAAGAUCUGAGGACAAACCCUGCCCUUUGUCCCAGAGUUGUCCUCGACUGGGUCCCCAGGUCUCUCAGUUUUCCACAGGAGCAGCAUAGUCCAAGAUACAAGCUACCAAGAGCAGCCAAAGGUCUGGAGAGCCCAAUUCAGGGAAGACCUGGCUGUCUUGUGAAGCCACAUGAGGAUGGGGUGGGCAAGGGUAGAACGCUACCCAGGAAGUGACUUCUUGCCCAGACAAGCAAAAAUGAUGGAGACAAGCAGAGGGAUCAGGUGUCAACUUCCCUGUGGCUAUGGGGAGAACUGGCUGCUGUGGGAGUGGGCAGGGCUUUAGAUGAACUCACAUUGCAGAAUAAGAGAGGUUGGAUGGGAAGAUGGUAUGUCACCACAUGUUGUACAUCCUCUGGCUUUUGUCAUGAAGGGUGAUAAAACAGCAAUGGGUAGCUAGGGAAGGUGCUGGCUGGUUCAGAGCCAGAGUCCAGGGCUGCUUGCAGCAGUUACAAGAGGUACCCUAGGGGUAAAGCUCCAGACCUCAGAGUCCCCGCCACAUGACUAUCCAACUAGGAUACCUCCUCCCCUAGCCUGGCAGCCCAUGGAGUUUAGGAGCCUAGCUGCUCUAGGCUGUGUCCUCUGUAGUAAGAGGUCUCCUCGCUGUAAGAAGAAACCCCCUCCUUUAAGGAGUUAGGGAUGUAGUGGGGGACAACUACAGAGCUUGUCUUGUGUUCCUAGGGCACAUGCCGUGUCCCAACUGCAGAUUUUUGCAGAGGCAGGGAGGAGCCAACUAUGCCAUAGGAGAAGCAGAGGGCGGGAAGGGCUGUGUCCUGCCCCAGGCUCCCUGGGGGCUUACUGUGUAAACUUUAGUGGCCAUUCACAGCAGGUUCCCAGUAGAAAUGCUUCCUAUAUCUCCUUGAAAUGUUUAUGCAUUUGUUUUCCUUGGCCAGAGAUGGACAGCUGCAGAGUGCCUGGCUGAGGAAGUUGGUUUCCCUGCAAUGACCUUGUUUAUCGGCCUGGGGAGGAAAAGUAUCUUUUCAAUGAAACCCACUUAGUCUCCUUGCCAGGGGCUCUUUGGCAGGGCUAGAGAAAACAAACAAUUCCCAGCAUUACUGCAGAAGGUUGACCCAACAAAGCACAGAGCUUGCUCUUCUCGGAGCCCUGAUGCAGAUACACAAGUACUACGCUGUGGAGAGGAAGGUAGGCAGAGAUGGGUAUAACUGCUCCCAGGCUUUGAAGCCUUUUCAGUAACACUCUUAGGGCUGUAGGACCGAAACCCCUCCUCACAAGGGGACAGUGUUCUCUGUGGGUGCAGUGGUAGGCGUCACAGCCCUCUCCCGAACUGCAUUAAAAACAUUAAUGCUCACAUACAUAUGUGCUAAGGGCCUGUACUUUUCUGUCUCUGUUACUCUAAGUGGAGACAAAUUCCUACUCUUUUUCUGUUGACUUUGCUUUCUCUUUAGCAUUUGCUUCUUGAUCUAGAGAGGGACACACAGGCCGUGACUGUUGAUUUUUGACAUUAUGCAGCGUGUGUGGAACCUGUGUAAUGGCCACUUAACUCCAAACUCUCCUGAGGAAAGUCCUCCCUUCCCCUGAGAUGUUCAUCUGAACAGGUGCCGGGGCAGCCUGUUUUCACUUCCCAGCCUUGCUCCAGGAGACCUCCAGACCCAGAACCACCCCUGGCUCUUUCAGAGAAGAGGGUCAGCCAGACAGUUGUUUGCUGUUUUGACUUUGUAUUGAUUCUUUUCGAGUUUCCCAUCAUGCACCUCAGUCCUGCUCAUCUCCUCAUAGCCAUCCUUUGCCCUUGCAACCUCCCCAGCCAAACAAAAAACAAAACAGCCCCCUCCCCCCCAAGCAAAGCAGAGAAAACAUCUCAUUGUAGAAGCUGUAUCAUGUCACUGUGUGUCCCCUUUGGUCCACGCACCUUCACUGGUAAAUGUUCAUUGCAAUGAGUCAUUGGUCUGGUUUGAGGUCUCUGGCUUCUGUGACACCAUUAAUAUUGAAUCCUCACUGGUACUUCUUCCAGUUAUCCUGUUGUUGCCCUGUGUCAUGGAGAUCCUGCAGCUUUGACAGCAGAACCGACCCUUUUACUUGUCCCAGCUGCUCACAGAUGAUGUAGAUUUUGGGGUGGGCCAACUCAGAGCCCUGGAUCUGGGCCUGUGAGGUAGCUGAGUUGGUCAGCCCUUGGCUGUCUCUUAUCAGCACCACCAGGGUGAGCUCUCCAGCACUGCCUUGUCUAGGCCACCCCAUGCCUCCAUUGCAGGAAGCAAUGUUAACUCUCUUGCUCUCAUGCCCAUGCUCUCACCUGCACCCACACCUCCAGAGCCAGCUCCACUGUGCUGCCCAGUCAAGGUUCAGGACCCACUCUCCCAAGUGCUGCAGCCUGAAAGGGGCAAGGACAGCUCUUUUGCUCUCAUGACACCCCUCCCCCCUCAACCGGGGUCAGUUCCUCCUACUGCCACAGGUGGUGGGGGAUGAGAGGGCUAAGGGCACCCCUGCACCCACGCCACCUUAAUGCAGACCAAUGGCAGGCCAACUAUGCCUCUCUCACAGCUCACACUCUUGGGGUGAGCUCACCCACACCCCUGUACUGCCCAGUGAAGAUGCAGGACCUACUCUCCUGAGUGCUGAGUGCUGGGCUAGCUCCACUGGGCUCAGUCUUCCCAAUUGCUGGAGGUGGCAAGAGGUGUGGGGAUCACCUCUCCCAAACCACCACUACCAGGGCCCACUCCAUGGUGCUGCCUGGGUGAGGUACAGGGCCCCUUUCACUGUCAGUGAGAUGAAACCAGCUCUCCAGAGUACCACAGCCAGUGAGGGAUGGAGCCAGCUCUGUACAGCCCCUGGACGUCCACAUGGUCCCCAGUAGCUGCCCCUACCACAGAUGGGUCCCCAUGUUCUCUAGUGGUAAUAUGAGCCAUAGACAUCAACACUGACCCCUGCAGCUGCAUAGCUACAGAUGCAGACAUGGCCCAUGGCUCCGGGUGGCAGGGCUGGUCACUCGCAAUAGGAUACUCCUCUCUACCCCCCAGUCCUCAGUUCCAUCUCUCUUCAUGAUGCACACUGUGGUGGCUUUGACAUCUGACCACCACAUAUUUGCACCUUGUGGUGACUCCUGCUGCUGUCUGACCACACACCUGACAAGCUCCCAGGUGACAGUCUCCAUCAGCGUUAUGUGGUGUGGUAGCAAAGAGGUGCCUAUGCCGUGCUCCAGAGGGCAGGAGCUAGACAAUCCUGACCUGUAUGCUGCGGCCGUUCUAGAGGCUGCUCUUUGCCACCAGUAGGCACACAGAGAGUUCUGGCUCCUUCGUUUCUCAGGAUGUUUUAUGUGGGGGAGUCCUCCCUCAUCUACUUAGGGCAGGCCAGCUCUUCAGUGGGGACAGCCUCUCUCCCAUUCCUUGUGUGGAACACCAAGUCUUUCCUCCAUGGAAUCCAUUUGCGAGCCAUGUGAAGCCCGUGUGUCCUUCCGUGCACACAGGAUUAGCACACACAGGAUCAGCUCUGAGUGCUCUGUGCCUUGGCUUUUGCCAUAACUUUACCCAGGAGACCCAGCCACCAUUCCUUCCAUCAGGAGUGGGCGGGUUGUCCACUUGGGCACAUUAGUUUUUUCUGUCUUGCUUUUCAAGACAGUUUCUCUGCUUAGAUAGAGUUUCUCUCUUUAGCCCUGGCUGUCCUGGAACUCGCUCUGUAGAUCUGGCUUACCUUGGACUCGGAGAUCCACCUGCCUCUGCCUCCUGAGUGCUGAGAUUAAAGGUGUGUGCUGUCA